CUCCCUUCCCCUCCCGCCCUCCCCCACCUCCCCCUCCCGCGCCGAGACUCGCCGCCGCCGCCGCCGCCGCCGCCGCUGCUGCAGCCGCAGGAGUAGCCGCCGCCGGAGCCGCGCGCAGCCAUGGCCGAGAAUCCCGGCUUGGAGAACCACCGCAUCAAGAGCUUUAAAAAUAAGGGCCGAGAUGUGGAGACAAUGCGAAGACACAGAAAUGAAGUGACAGUUGAACUGCGAAAGAACAAAAGAGAUGAACACUUACUGAAAAAAAGAAAUGUUCCCCAAGAAGAAAGUUUAGAAGAUUCAGAUGUUGAUGCUGAUUUUAAAGCACAAAAUGUAACACUAGAAGCUAUAUUGCAGAAUGCCACAAGUGAUAACCCAGUGGUCCAGUUGAGUGCUGUCCAGGCUGCAAGAAAGCUAUUAUCCAGUGACAGAAAUCCACCAAUUGAUGACCUGAUAAAAUCUGGGAUUUUACCAAUUCUAGUGAAAUGUCUAGAAAGGGAUGAUAAUCCUUCAUUACAGUUUGAAGCUGCGUGGGCAUUAACUAAUAUAGCAUCAGGAACUUCUGCGCAGACUCAAGCUGUUGUACAGUCUAAUGCCGUACCUCUUUUUCUAAGACUUCUCCAUUCACCACAUCAGAAUGUUUGUGAACAAGCAGUCUGGGCUUUGGGAAACAUUAUAGGUGAUGGUCCUCAAUGUAGAGAUUAUGUCAUAUCACUGGGAGUUGUCAAACCUCUUCUGUCCUUCAUCAAUCCCUCCAUUCCCAUCACCUUCCUUCGGAACGUCACAUGGGUCAUUGUCAAUCUCUGCAGGAAUAAGGACCCCCCACCGCCUAUGGAGACAGUUCAGGAGAUUUUGCCAGCAUUAUGUGUCCUCAUAUACCAUACGGACAUAAAUAUUCUUGUGGAUACUGUUUGGGCACUGUCAUACCUGACAGAUGGAGGUAAUGAGCAGAUACAGAUGGUUAUUGAUUCAGGGGUUGUGCCAUUUCUUGUGCCCCUUCUGAGCCACCAGGAAGUGAAAGUUCAAACAGCAGCACUCAGAGCGGUUGGCAACAUAGUGACAGGUACUGACGAGCAGACCCAGGUUGUUCUCAACUGCGAUGUCCUGUCACACUUCCCAAAUCUCUUAUCACACCCAAAAGAGAAGAUAAAUAAGGAAGCAGUGUGGUUCCUUUCCAACAUUACAGCAGGCAACCAGCAACAAGUUCAAGCUGUAAUAGAUGCUGGAUUAAUCCCCAUGAUUAUUCAUCAACUUGCUAAGGGGGACUUUGGAACACAAAAAGAAGCUGCUUGGGCGAUUAGCAACUUAACAAUAAGUGGCAGAAAAGAUCAAGUUGAGUACCUUGUACAGCAGAAUGUAAUACCACCAUUCUGUAAUUUACUAUCAGUAAAAGAUUCUCAAGUUGUUCAGGUGGUUCUAGAUGGUCUGAAAAACAUUCUGAUAAUGGCUGGUGAUGAAGCAAGCACAAUAGCCGAAAUAAUAGAAGAAUGUGGAGGUUUGGAGAAAAUUGAAGUUUUACAGCAGCAUGAAAAUGAAGACAUAUAUAAAUUAGCAUUUGAAAUCAUAGAUCAGUAUUUCUCUGGUGAUGAUAUUGAUGAAGAUCCUAGCCUCAUUCCUGAAGCAACACAAGGAGGUACUUACAACUUUGACCCAACAGCCAACCUUCAAACAAAAGAAUUUAAUUUUUAAGUUCAGUUGAGUGCAGCAUCUUUCCCACAUUCAAUAUGAAGCACCACCAGAUGGCUACCAAAUGACAAGAACAACAGCAACUACAAAAGGCUUCAAAACAUACAUGCCUCUUCGUUUUGAUGCUUCUAAAGCAAGCCAUGUCUCAGUCACUUUGCAGUUGCCAAAAGUCACUAUCCACAUGGACUGUAAAUGCAUAUGCAUGAUUUCCUAAACUGUUUUAGAAUUCUCCUUACCAAUCUCAACUACCCUAUUUUUCCCUGUUCCCUGGUGCCACACGCUGACAACUGCAGUCUCCAGUUUAGAAUAUUCUGUAGUGGUGGCAUGUCAGCUGCCCACUUGAUAUUCCUUUGGAAAAUGGUGCGCUGUGGAUCAAGACACUUUGGUAUGACACAUACACACGCUGGAAGACUUUAAAGAGGUGCAGUCCGAUCUGAGCCUCCGUCAUUGUCCUCCACAAACAUAUUUUCAUACUCUUUAUGUGGAAGAAUAGAUUUUAAAGUACAAGCCAAAUGAUUUUCAUUGGUGGAACUGACACAAACAAAAAGUAACUUAAAAAAAAAAAAGAAACUUGGUUAUUGAUUAAACAGAUAAGUUUUAA